AUGCCUCCUAAACCAUUGAGACUCUCAACGUCCUCCCUCCGGAGCUCCGGUUCUCACGCCACUCUCCGCACAAGGAUCCCUCUCCGUUCCAUUGCUUCCAUACCAGCAGGAGCAAUUCAAAAGCACAAGCUUCAUUCCAACCUUAACUUUACCCAAAACCCAAAGAACCUAAGCAUCUCCCGGGCCUUCUCCUCAACACCCGCGUCCUCAUCCCCCGCCGCAACCUCCAGCUCCGGCAAAAGCCAAGCAGACCUAAUCGUUGAAGAACUGCAAGAACUCUACGAAACUGCCACCGACGAACUCGAAAUCGCAACUGAAUCCACCGACUCGGCAACUAUCUACGCUGCCUCGGACCGUGAAUCUGCGCGCGAUGCCCUGAAUAGCCUCGUUGUUGCUUACGAUAUAUAUACAGCCUCCGAGCCUCCGGCGAACGUUGAUCCAGCCAAGGGCGAAGGCUCAGAAGGAGAGGAGACCUUUGUUGAGCUGUCGAUUGACCCCGCGGAAAUACCAGAUGCUGUUAAGGACGAGGUGAAGAAGAGAGUGGGCCAACGGGUGAGGGAGGUCAAGAGUGCAGUAGAGGUUUUGGAGAAAAGGGCUCACGAUUAA